GGCCUGGUGUCCCUAACACGAUUUUCAUGGAGUAUCAAGCAAGCUCUCCCGGACUUCCAGCCAAUCCACAGUCCUCUCUCCUACGGGCGGGAGCGCACCAUGGUGCCCGGGAUCAGCGAGCCGCCCCCCAGAGAGCGCCACCGAGUGGUCAUGUACCAGCAGGAGAGCUUGGCGUUCGGUGGGGUCCCCACCCUCUGCGCAGAGAGACAGCUGGCAUUCAAUACGGCGCAGAGCCCCCUAAACCCCGCCAUCCAGGGAGUGAGCGCCCACCUGCCGGAUCAUUGGUUCAUAAACUUCCAGAGCGCGGGGGUGGAGCGGACGGAGGAGCCCCCGCCCCCGAGCACCGAGGAACGCCAUAUGCCACCUGAAUGCCCUUCCCAGGACAGGCAGAGGAGCAGCAGCAUGGAGAGCGACGGUGAGCAGCCUGAGACGCCGAAUAUCGCCGGCCCGGAGAAUUCCCGACCCGUCUACAGGACCUCGCAGGGGUCAGACAAAGCCAAAGCCGCAUGGCGCAAACUCCGCCUGUACCUACCGGACAUCAGCAGUUCGGCGCCCGUCCAGCCCUCAGAGGACGAUUCUGUGUUUUCGGAGCCCGAAGACCCCAGACCUCCAUCAGCAGCUGACGUGAAGGAGACCCCGGAGCCCCAGGAGGCGGUGGUGGUGGCGGCGGCUGGGGGGAAGGUGGAGCAGGAGAGGUGGAGGUUCUCGGCUUCUGAACUGAUCAGCAAACUGCAACUCAGCCAACGGAGGAACAACUUCACCGCCAAAAUCGGCAAAUCCCUCUCCACCAAAAUCACCCUGAGAGAGAAGGGGGCCUCCACCAGCCAGGAAGGUAAAUCUGGAAGGAGAGAGAGGAGAUGUAACAGUGCCGGGGUGAGCAGCCUUCUGCAGCCGCCUGCCAGGGAUACGGACUCCUCCUGGCUCAGGAGCAAAUCGGUGGAGGGUGGGCAGCAAGGCAGACCACCCAGCGAGGAGGCCCGACCGUCACCCUGCGAGGAGAGGCCAGAGGACACCGAGUCCCAAAGGAGGCAAUCCUACUGCGAGAGGAGACAGUCCCGCUUCUUGCUCACCUCCAUCCUGUACCAGGAAUACAGCGACGUGGCCAUAAACCGCGAGCUUCAGCGGCAGAAGCGGGAAGAUACGGCGGGAGAGGAGGACGACGUUUCUGCGAGUCCAAAGAGUAACCUGUCCCCCAGCAGCUCGUUCCGCUCUCAGCGCUCGUCACGGGGCUCCACCUUCUCCCUGUGGCAGGAUAUCCCGGAUGUCCGAGGGAGCGGCGUCCUGAAUACGCUCACGAUCCAGGAGAGGAAGCUGCAGGAGGCCAAGUUUGAGUUGGUGACGUCGGAGGCGUCGUAUGUGAACAGUCUGUCCAUCGUGGUCGAUCAUUUCCUGAACUCACCGGAGCUGAACGAGUGUCUGGGGGCGCAGGAGAAACAAUGGCUCUUCUCCAAACUGCCCGAAGUGAAGGAGAUCAGCGAGAGGUUCCUGACUGACCUGGAGGAGCGGUUGGAGGAGGACAUCCUGCGAUUUGACGUCUGUGACAUCGUCCUGCGACAUUGCCCCGAGCUGCGGAGGGUGUACCUACCUUAUGUCACCAACCAGGCCUACCAGGAGCAGACCUACCAACGGCUGCUACAGGAAAACGCCCGUUUCCGGGGGAUCCUGGCCAAGCUGGAGGAAGACCAAGUGUGCCAACGCCUCCCUCUGACCUCCUUCCUCAUCCUGCCCUUCCAGAGGAUCAUGCGGCUGAAGAUGCUGGUGGAGAAUAUCCUGAAGCACACGGCGCCCGGAUCGCAGAACGAAGAGACGGCCAGCCAGGCGUUCACCGAGCUCAAGAAGCUGGUGAAGGAAUGUAACGCCAGCGUCCAAUCUAUGAAGAGAACAGAAGAGUUGAUCCACCUCAACAAGAAGAUUCACUUUGAGAGUAAGAUCUUCCCUCUGAUCUCGCAGUCUCGUUGGCUGGUGAAGCACGGGGAGCUGGUGGAACUGGACAUGCAGAUCCCGAAUGCAGCAGGAUCCCGCUUCAAACUCAGCCCCAAACCCGUCUACCUGCAUCUGUUCAAUGACUGCCUGCUGCUCUCCAGGAAGAAGGAGCUGGGCCGGUUUGCGGUCUUUGCACAUGCCCAGGUGUGUGACCUGAAGGUGACGGAUCUGAGCUGGAAGCUGCAGGAGGUCCGGGCGAGGUGUUCCAUGUCCAGCUGUGCCACGAGCAACGGCCGAAACACCAGAUCCUGCUUCGUGCGCAGAGCGAGAGCCAGAAGCAGCGCUGGAUCUCCGCCAUGUGUCCCUCCAAGCCGCUCAUCGACCUGGAGAACGUCUCCGACAGCGAAGACGCUCCUCAGGUCCAGUGCAUUAAGGGGUACACCGCCCAGGAGCACGAUGAGCUCACGCUGGAGAAGGCCGACAUCCUUGCGCCUCACCGCCAAGACCAGCGACGGUUGGAUGGAAGGGAUCCGGCUCUCGGAUGGAGAGAGGGGCUGGGCGCCAGCGACGCACGUGGAGGAGAUCACCAACAAGAACGCCCGGCUGCGCAACCUGCGCGAGAACAAGCGGAUCAAGCACGCCACCAGCAAACUGGAGAUGAAGCCGCCUUAG